UUUUUGUUUUUCGUAAUCAUUUUAUGCGGACGUUGCGAAACCUUUGAAUUAUAAUGUUAAUAAUAAUAUUGUAAUUAAAGUUUAUAAUAAAAUAGUAAAACACUAAUCUGUUAAUUUUUCAAAUGGAUCCUCCACACGAAUAUAUGAAUUCUUUAGGAAGUUCACAAAGAAUAGAAAAAAAGAGAAAUAAAGGGCAACGUCCACAAAAUUACAUGCCUCAGCAAUAUGGGUAUGGAUCUUCGCAACUUUUUGAUGAUAUUAGUGUUUACGGGAAUGAUCCGGCAUUGAUGCAGCAACAAAAUAUAGGUUUUCAACCUCAAGGAGAGUUUUAUGCAGGACAGCAGUUUGUAAAUGAUCCAAUGGCUAAUGCUGCCUUACAUUAUGGAUCUCAGUUCGUGCCAGCUGGAAAAGAGUUUGUAGAAAAAAAGAUAGAUCAGUUCAUUUCGGUUUCAAAACUAAAGUACUAUUUUGCUGUGGACAAUGCGUACGUUUUCCGCAAGUUAUGUCUUCUUAUUUUCCCAUUUUCACACCAGGACUGGUCAUUAAAGUAUGACAAAUCAGAACCUAUUGCUCCUCGUUACGAAAUCAAUGCACCUGAUCUCUACAUUCCAACUAUGGCUUUUGUUACUUAUGUUUUGGUGAAUGGUUUUAUAAUGGGAACUCAAAAUAGAUUUACACCAGAACAACUUGGGAUGACAGCUAGUUCAGCAUUAGUUUGGCUUUUUGUUGAAUUGAUCAUGAUAAUUGUGAGCAUGUAUGUAAUUGGCAUUCUAUCAAAUGUUAAAUACUUAGAUUUGUUUGCACUAUGUGGCUACAAAUAUGUUGGAAUGAUAUUAUCAUGUAUUGCUGGGUUGUUAUUCAAUUCUUUUGGUUAUUAUAUGGUUUUAUCAUGGAUGAGUUUUGCUAUUGCUUUUUAUUUGGCACGCACUUUACGUUUGAUUAUUAGUCCAAAUGAACAAUCUGACAGUCUCGCUCGUUCUUCUGGUACGAAGAGACGACUCUACGUUCUCGUAUUUAUUUCUCUUAUUCAACCAUUAUUUAUGUACUUUCUUACUCGACAUCUUUUCAACUACGAUAUUGUCCAGAAGAUCGUUUUAGUUUAGAAAUUUUUCGCGUAUGUAAUAAUAAUAAAAUUAAAAGCUUCAAUAGAUUUCUAAAUUUUUAUAAUAAAAAAAACUGUAAAAUUUGGUGUGGUGUAAAUCACUUGAUUUUUGUGACAAGCAAUUUUAUUACGAUGUAAGUCGUCGCCUGAGAAUUAUAAGAUUUUAUCUUUACGCUUCUAAAGAUAGUCAGAAAUAAAUAUUUACUUUUGUUCAA